AUGACCCGUAGCCAGUCGGGAGAUUUACUACCAUUAGACCAGGAGCUUGAACGGACCUGUAGGAACUUCAAGCGGGCUCUAAGGACGCGACUGGCUGCGGAGGAGGCGCUAGCACAGCUGCAAAUCGCCGACGAAGAAGAGAUGGGUGAUCCACAGGACCAUGAUGUGGUCCUUCCCGAGGAGCAUACCAUGGGAUACUACUGGACCGCCAGAGCCGCGAACAUGAGGUCGCCAAUUCAGCACCCUCAUGUGCCAGCAAAUAACUUUGAGGUGAGCACCUCUGUCAUCACCAUGCUGCGCGGUUCGGUGGUGUUCCGUGGCAAAGAAGGGGAGUGCCCCCGAUCACAUCUAAGGCGAUUCCACGAGCUCAUCGAUGGAAUCAAGAUAAAUGGGUCCCAGCCGAUGCCAUCCAGCUGA